ACCGCCAACGAACGAAACGGUGCUGUGCUCUGUAAGCUUCGUUGCUGCGCUAUUUCGCAUUAGCGUGCGAACGAACGAACGAACGAAAGACUUGAGCAACAGGACACGAACCCCCCGGGCCCCCGCGGGAAUAGUGAAGAUUUGAGCGAGUGGUUGGUUGGUUGGUUUGGUGAUAAACCACAAAAGAAAAAUAGUGAAGAUACAAGCGAUGCGGCAGCUAUUGGUCCUGUGUGUGCUGGCCUGUGCGGUUGGCGGUGUGCUAAGUGCUUCGUUGACGCGCGUCGGUCGUGAGGAUGCACCAGCGGAGCCAGCGGUUGUGGCCGCUCCGGAGGGCCAAGCGGAGGUACCAGUGGCGGAGCUGAAGAAGGCCGAGAUUCCGGUGGCAGUCGAAGAGUCGGAACCGGUGGCGGCUGCCGAUCAGGUGGUCGAGCCCGUCGAAAGCCAGAGCACGGUGGAACAGCAGCAACCGCAGGCGGUCGAGGCUGAGCCGCAGGUGGCCUCCGUGAUUGCGGCCGAAGCCGUGGCCGACGCGACCGUCCCGGAGAGCGAGGUGAUCCGUGCCGUCGAGGAUGUUAUGGCCGCUGAGCAGCCCUCGGCCCAACUCAAGGCCGUGGAGAUCGCCGAAGAGCCGGUGGCCGUUGUUGUCCAGCAGGAUGCCGAGGAACAGGUCGCUGCCGCCGCCCCAGCCGUCGAAGCACAGGAAGUGGUCGCCGUUGAGUCGCUGCGUAGCGUUGAGCCAGUCCAGGAAGUCGUCGAAGUCGUUGCCAAGGAGGCCAAGGAACCCGAGGUAGUCGCCGUGCAGAGUGAGGUCGUCGAGCCCGUGGAAUCGCUCCGUAGUGCCGCACCGAUCGCCGAGGUACAGGAACCAGUUGCCGUCGUUGCCGUAGAGCCUGCCAAGGAGGAAGCCGUCGUUCCGGCCGCCGCCGUUCCCGCUGUCAAGACCGUACCGGAGGUGAUUCUGGAGAAGGCCGAAGAGUCGGUUGCUGCUGAGGUGGCCGUAAAGGAUGUCGAGGUGGCGCCAGUGGAAUCGCUCAAGUCGGUCGAGCCGACCGUCGAGAUUGCUGAGCCCGUGGCCGUCGUUGUCGAGACGGUGCAUGCCGAAGAGGAGGACAAAGAGAAGAAGGAUUUCGCCCAGGUAAAGUCUGUGCUGCCGGUGGCCGUUGAGAAAGAGGUCGUCGCUGAAGCUGAGAAGGUAGAGAAAGAGGAGGUGGCCCCGGUAGAGUCGCUGCGUUCAGCCGUCCCAGUAGCGGAAGCCGUCGCUCCUGUCGCCCCCGUCGUUCCAGCCGUUAAGAGCAUCGCUGAGGUUGUCGAGCAGAAGGUCGAACCCGUUGCUGAAGCCGUAAAGCCCGUGGAUGCACCCGUGGCGGUGGAGGAGAAAGUGGUCGCUCCUGUUGAGUCACUGCGCCAGGUAGCGCCAGUCGUGCCAGUCGAGGAGCCGGUUGCUGUCGUCGCUGAGGAAAAGGUCGCUGAAGCCGUCGAGGAGAAGGUUGUCGCGCCGGUUGAUUCGCUCCGCCAGGCUGCUCCCGUUGAGGCCGUUAAUGAGCCCGCCGCCGUCGUCGUGACGAACGUGGAGGAAGAAAAGAAGGAGGAAGUCGUGGCCGCUGCCGUCAAGAGCGUCGUUGUGCCUGAGGUGGUCGAGAACGUCGAGAAGGUUGAGGCUCCAGUGGCUGUCGAGGAACCGGUCGGUGCCGUAAAGUCGGUUCCGAUCGCCGAGGAUCUGUCGCCGGUGAAGGAGGUUGAAGCUGAGCCACACCAAGCGGUUCGUGCUAACGAAGUCCGUCAGGAUGCUAGCUCCACCACCACCGGUCGCCCCAAUAUACUCCAGGCGAUCAUUCAGCCAGUGAACAGCUUUAUUCAGAAUACUCCCCUCGGACAGGCUCUAAACCGUCCCUCUAAUACUGCAGUGGCAGCAGCUCCUGCUGCGACCGAAAAUGCCGAGGCAUCUCAGGACGAACCGGCCGCUAACCCGACCACUGCCGCGCCGAAUCUGGUCCAGCAGCUUGCUCAGAACGUUCAGAACUUCUUCAACCCCAACGCGGUUAAUGCGAAUGCUGAGGCGGAGGCUACGACUCGGCCCAACAUCAUCCAGCAGGUCCAGAAUGCCGUCGGUUCCGUCUUCAACCGACCGGCCACCAACUCCGAGCAGACGCAGCAGCCCCUCAAUCCCAUCCAGAACAUCGUACAGGGUGUCCAGAACUUGUUCCGACCCAGCACGGCCAGCCCGGCAACCUCCAGCCAGGACAAUGCGGUCGAUCCGGUUCAACCGGAAAACCAAGCCGCUGCCAGUCCCUAGGCCGCCGUCGGAAAACAUCGUGGCCCUAGCGAUACCGCCAGCGAUACCGUAAACCGUCGAUCGACAGAACGCCAUACGAAAAAGCCCCUCAAAGGAGACGGUUCGGCAAGGGCCAGGGAAGGUGGCCGACCUAGUUCCUUUCUUUUUCUAAGGAACUUUCCAGGCCCGCUGCCGUUCCUCCUCCAUCGUUCCCCAGCCCCAGUCUCGUUACAUUAAUAGAAUCAGAACGAACGCGCCACUCGCUCUCUCCCAAUUCCCCACUCUCGAGGAUCGCGACAAUUUUUAAUGGCGAGCAGAAGUCUGGUGCCUUCGGAGCUCCGCUUCUUAAUUUAUUUAUUUAAAGCAAGUCCGGGAAUCGAGUGGCGCACAUACACACAGGACACAACAAAACAAACACAAAAACACAUCCACAUGCAACCGCGCAGAACGGAACAUACGACGGACAGAGACGGAUAAAUUUCUUGUAAUUUCUUUUCUUAAUUUAUUGCAUUGUGAUUCUCAGCACAAUCGCUCGCAGCAGAUGAUCAUUCGCCGUGGACGUCAUUCGCGCGCAGCAUGGUUUGCUAAGAAGCAGGAGAUUGGUCGCAUAAUAAGCGUAGGCAAAGACAGUUGCACAUUGCAUAACGCGCAACGACAGCGGCGAGAUCGAUAUAGAGCUAUACAGAAUGACCAACGGAAAGAGAUACAGAGUUUAAGAAAGGAUAAAAAUGAACGACAGA